AUGCCAGCUGUCACAGAGGCAUUGGCGCGGCGAGCGGCAGAGGCGUGGCACCUUGAUGCUGCUGAGCGCGAAGUUACGACUUUAUUGACGACUCUUGUCAAGCGGAUAAACAUACCUUUCAAUUCAUCAAGUCCUGCAGGCCUGAUAGAAGCCAACACGCGGGAUCCAUGGAGAAAAAGUGGAAAAUACGCGCUGGCCUAUGUCUACUUUUGCAUACCUUUUCUGGUCGUUGCUGGUCUGCUGCGCUACUAUCACCUAUUUACGGACAAGAUUCGAACGGCACUACACCAAGAAGAGGUACUGAAAUCCGCAACGACUUCCUCUCCAGACACAGACUACGAGAUGUCGGUCCUUUAUACUGACAAGUCCACAACCAAGUUCUUUCCUCGUGAGGGUCCUCUACCGAGCGCACCAAAGGCGCAGUCUUCCGUUUCGUCCGUUGGACCAAUCAACAAUUGCAUCGCACUCUUCCGAUUUCUGUUUUAUCGACCGAUCCGGCAAAUCGAGUAUCGCAAAGGAUGGAGGCCGCUGAUAUUUCCAUCUUUGGGAGUUUGUCUCAUUGUUCUAGCCGCCUUUCUCCUGGGCUUGCUUUACACCUUGGUUCCACAGCCAUUGUUCUGGGAAAGCAUCGCGUAUGGAUCGCCACCCAUUGCUGUUCGAUCUGGAAUGCUGGCAGUUGCCUUGAUGCCGUGGAUUGUUGGGCUAAGCAUGAAGGCGAACCUCAUCACGAUGAUUACUGGAAUUGGACAUGAGCGGCUCAACGUCCUUCACCGUUGGGGCGCUUAUCUGUGCCUUGCGCUGAGCAUCAUACACACGAUUCCUUUCUACGUCACCCCAGUAUGGGAAAAGGGGGCUCGGCAUGUUUAUGAGUCCUUCUUUACACGAGAGGGAUUCUACGCGUAUGGUACCGGUAUUGCCGCUCUUGUGCCUCUUGGCUUCCUAUGCGUACACUCUCUGGCGCCUCUCCGUCAUCGCAUGUACGAACUCUUCGUCAGUCUCCAUGUUCCGGUCGCCAUUGUCUUUCUAGCCAUGAUGUUCUGGCACUGCCACAACUACCUCACUUCCUGGCACUAUCUGUUUGCAACGCUCGGCAUCUGGCUUUCCUCGUACCUUAUGCGGCUCUUCUACCUGAACUGGACGAACCCAUUCCGCAUGUCCUGGCUAAUUGGCGACGAGGCAGCGGUCACCAUCAUGCCUGAGAAUGCCAUCAAGGUCACAAUUCCUACCCAGAUGAAGUGGAGGCCAGGGCAGUACGUGUAUCUGCGCAUGCCGGGAAUCUCCGUCUUUGAGAAUCAUCCUUUCACCAUUGCAUCACUCUGUAGCGAUGACUUCCCUUCUGAGUAUGGCGAAGGUUACAGGGACAUGGUCCUGGUGUUCCGCCCCUUCGGAGGUUUCACCAACAAAGUUUACCGCAGUGCGAUCGAGCACGGGCCCUGGCAUACAUAUCGCGCAUUUAUCGACGGUCCUUAUGGAGGAAUGCAACGUCGCAUAGAAGCCUUCGAUGACGUUGUCCUGAUUGCGGGCGGUAGUGGUAUCACGGCUAUUGUCUCCCAGCUCCUAUCGCUCAUCAAGAACAUGCGAGAUGGAAAAGCGGUGACUCGCAAUGUCCACGUUAUCUGGGCACUGAAGCGUCCCGAGACGAUGGAGUGGUUCAAGGAAGAGCUGCGGAUAUGCCGUGAAUAUGCGCCUCCCGACAGUGUUACUUGUCAAUUCUACAUCACAGGCGCGAAGCGCAUGGCGACUGGCCAGCUCGUCAGCGCAAAAACGCCCACUCGACCGGUGUCUCUCUACUUCCACGAUAAGGUCAAUGAUGCCUUCCAAAAUAUUGCAGAUCACCGUCAUUCCGGCAUUGGAUCCAAGCGACAUUCGGCUUUGAUCCGGGACGAAGCACAGGGUGAUCCGGAGCGUGAGAAGGAAUUGCGCCGUGAGAACGAGGACAGCAUAACAGCGCUACCUCAGGCGCAUCUCAUCAACGUCGGCCGCGGUGGACGUCUCGCUCCUCCAAAUUUGAAUCCGAAUCAUUCCAAUCACUCCAUACAUCCGAAUCCAGACUUGAUUGCACCGGCACCCCGCUCCAUUGUUACCCGCCGCACAGAACGCAACCUCUCCCUCGACAUCUCCCAAGCCAUCGAAGCGGGCACCGGCGCCAUCAACCCCGACAUCAUCCAACACGAUCACCCAAACAACAACAACAACAACAUCCACGGCUUCGACUUCGGCUUCCCCUCCACACCCACCGAAUUCCAGAAGAACCUCAUGCGUUUCGCGUUUCUUCCUGCAACCGUGAAGAAGAAGGACGGCUGGAGCACCGAGUACGGACGCCCGGACCUGCCCUUUACACUGAGGCAGCUGAGUAAAGGGUUUGGCAGGAGGACGUGUGUGUUUGUGUGCGGCCCGCCAAGCAUGCGUGUUGCGGUGUCCGAGACGGUGGCGGAGUUGCAGAGGGAUGUGUGGAGUGAUAGCAAGAAGGAUGAGAUUUUCUUGCACACGGAGAACUAUGCUUUGUGA